AUGGAUUUGGCCAACAAGUCGGACGCGUCGUCGGCCUUCUCGCUACGACCGACAGCGCAGCAGAUGCAGUGGACCGACACAACGCUCUUGUGCGUCAUCGCUGUCUUCGUGAGCAUUGCGUCCCUUUGCUGCAUCUACUACUGUCGCUGCUGCGAGUGUCGCAACCGACGACAGGAGAACCAAAUGAUGAGCGCGAUGGCCGUGCGAGGCGACAUGGAGGAGCCACUGCUGGGAGAGCUCACCCGGAACAAGUUGCCAGUGAUCGUGCACCACUCUCUCGCUCGCGAGUAUGAACCGUCGGCGCCUCCGAUGUGCUGGGAACUGGAGCAACGUGGAUCGUUGUUGUAA